AUGGUCCACCAGUACUUGCUCUUAGCGCUACCCAUCCUGGUGCUAGAUGCUGCACAAGGCGUUAACGCAAUCCACGCUAAGAAAUCAAACCCAUCGCCUGCCGGACUGCAUGUUCUGCCUCUUAUUGCAGCUAAUUCAGAUGACUAUCAUUCAUGGAUUGCCCAAGUUGCGGCGGGCACUCCUCCCCAGAAGAUGAGGCUGAAUCUGGACAUAGCCAAAUCGACAACAUGGUUCAUCUCUGAUAAGACCUAUGCAGAAUGUGAUGGCUGUAAGAAUGGAUACUAUCAGCUCAACAAAUCCAAGACCUCAUCCCCUGUUCUGGGCCAUACGGCAAUCUCCUAUGGCGAUCCAACGACAUAUCCACCAAGCAACCUCACGUUUGACCUGGACUUUCACAAGGACACGUUCGACAUUGCCGGCGUUAGUAUCCCGAAACAAGUCUUUGGCCUUUUCAACCCCUACAAGAAUGAGUUCUCGGGAAUUGGUGGACUUGGCCUCGGCCCCAAUUUGGAACAUGGAUAUGCGCCGGGCAAAAUCUACAGCUCUUUCUUAGACAAUCUGGUUGCGGACAAAAAGAUUGCCAGCCGUACCUACAGCAUUGACCUACACGAGCACGGCUCAAAGCCAGCUUCAAUUAUUCUUGGAGGUAUUGACACUGGUAAAUUCAAGGGAAAGCUUGUCAAGAGGCCGUUGGUAAAGGAUGAGCUUGGGACGUUUGGACCUUCAAUCGCUCUCACAGGCCUCCGCCAGACUGUCCCCAAAGGAAAGAACAAGGCCGGUGAAGUGACAAGCUACCAAGUCCACAAGAACGACUCGGUGUUCCUCCUCGACAGCUCAAACCAGUACCUCCGGUUCCGCCACUCCUUCGUCGAUCCUCUUUACAAGACUCUCGGCGCGGUGAACGACGGACAUGAUGCCUAUUUCGUGCCUUGCGAGAAGCGAAACAUGCCUGGUAGCUGGGACUUUCAGUUCGGUGACGUCACAAUCAAGAUUCCGUACAGCAAGAUCAUCACCAACCAGUCAGGUGAUAAGGGCAAGACUUGUUGGGUUGGUGUCUUGACCACCUGGAAGGGACAGCUAGUCCUUGGACAACCUUUCUUGGAAGCUGCCUAUCUUGCCUUCGAUCUGGACAACAAGCAGGUUGCACUGGCCCCACCAGCCGAAUGUGGUGAAAAGCUGGUUGCAUUUGGUUUUGGACCUAAUGCUAUUCCCAGUCUGAAAGGUUGUUAG